AGGAGGAGGAGGAGGAGGAGGAGGCGGAAAAAGAGGAGGAAAAGGGAAAAGGAGGAGGGGCGCACGGUGUCCUGUAGCAUGGCAGGUGAAGAAGACUUCUUUCUGGGGGAGAAAAGAUUCAAGCAGUGCUGUGAAGACUUUGUUAAACAUUCGCAGCAGAUAGGAGAUGGCUGGGAGUGGAGAACUAGCAAGGACCCUGGUGAUGGUUAUCUUAGUAAGACACAUUUCCAAGUAAGAAACAGACACAUCCCACCAGACCUCAAGGAGAAAAACAAUGAUAACACUGAACAAAUGUUAUUUGCACAAGUAGAAGAGCCCUCGGAUGACCCUCAGGCCGCUGGGGCUUGCAGCACAGAAGAAGUGGUUCGCUAUGAGUACCACGUCCUCUACUCCAGCAGCUACCAAGUGCCCGUGCUGUAUUUCAGAGCCUGCUUUUUGGAUGGAAGGCCUUUAACUCUGGAUGAAAUAUGGGGAAGUGUUCAUGCAUCCUACCAGGCUCGUCUGCAGGAGGGGCCCUGGGACACUAUUACACAGCAGGAGCACCCCAUCCUCGGGCAGCCUUUCUUUGUCCUGCACCCCUGCCGAACCAAUGAAUUCAUCUCUGCUGUGCUGAGAGGCUCACAGGAGCACCACAGAAACACAAAUUACAUCACACUGUGGCUCAGUACUGUAGGCCCAGUUGUGGGCCUGAAUCUGCCUUUGAGUUAUGCAAAACUGGCACCUGAGCAGAGCACAAAUGCUGCUGUGGCUGACAGAGCCAUGAGCUGAAGGACUGGGAGUGGUUAGGUGUGAUAAAGCUGCUGCAGACUUCCCUGGGGACGGAGUUGAAGGAUCCUUCCUGGCUGGUCAGCCACGCCAGAGUGGAAAUGGUUGCUCAAGGCUCUUUCUCUGGCCAGAACUCGCCACUGAUGAUGGUGGGAAUUGGCUGCAGCUGUGGGAGCACCUCCCCAGCAGCACCCAGGCCUGGCCUCCCCUGAAGUCACUCAUCUCCUGCCUCCCUGUGCCUCUGCCCUUGCUGAGGCUGCACACAGAUGCACAAGCCAGAGCCAGAGUUGCUGGAUCCACUUACCCCUAGAAAAUCUGCACCAUCUGUGGGGCAGAAAAUGCAGUAUAAACACAGAGGAAUGCUCGUGGGACGCGGCGUGAGCUUGUGGCAGCCAAGGGUGUGGGCUGAGGCUGCUUCACCUGGGAGCCACCUUCUCCACCAGAGCCUGGAGAGCGACCAGCCCGUGUUGCCCAGCGCACAGAACAUCCUCAUCCCGGGAAUAUCCCCCACACAUCACACCUCAGGGAGCAAACGGGGUCGGGGGCUGUCACAGACAGAGCCCUUGGAGCCUGCGCUGAGCGAGCAGGUCCAGCUCUGGAGCUCAGGUGCCUGGAGCAGCCGUGUGGGAACAUCUGGCUCUGCCGUGCUCCGCUGCCCGCCAGGGAAGCUCUCCGUGCCCCCGGGAGCUGCUGCUGUUCCCAAUUAGUGUUCCUCCUUGUAGCUGUGGUUGUUCACAGGUUUGCUCCCUACCCUGCACUGCUUCUGCGGCCUCCCCUGACAGCUGUUGGUUUUUGGGGAAUUGCCUGGUGGUGCUGCCACUGAGAACCAGAUUACGAGGAGCUUCCCUACAACCCAUCCUGGCUUCUCUCCCAGUCCCAUUUUAUUUGCAGUGUAAAACAGAGUCUGAGCAGCUGACACUGGAACACAGAUUUUACUCUGUGCAUUCAGCAAUUGUCACUUGCACGCAGAGUCUAGGGUGUGCCACGUCAGAGCUGGGAGUGUGAAAUGCAUCCCAGAUUCUGUUUUUUCAGAUUAUGUUUUUAACUUCCACUACUUGCCAUUGGUGGAUAUGGAAUGCAGAGUGCAGGCCUUCAAAUUCCAUGGGUGCGGAAUUUGUUUGCCAGACAUUUGUAAUUAAUAAUUAAAGCACAUUGUUUAUUUUGUUCUGUGUCAUAUCAACCUGGAAAGCCAUCUUCCCCAUGUAAGAUUUACAAAAUAUGGCUCGCAGCUACAUUGGUUUUUGUAACACUUUUGGUAACACAUGCUUGAUAAUUGCAUCCACAGCCCAUUUUUAAAUUUAAGUGAGACUUAGGAGGAAGACUCAACAAAUAGAGAUAACAGCACGUUUAAGAGCUGUUAAAUGUUCACCCCUGUUCUGUGAUCUUCACUUCUGAUACCCUGGAACAGUAGAAACACUCAAUCUUCAAAAUGUGGAAUUUAUGUGUAAAGGAAAAUACAUAUUUGUAUUUUACAUGGAACAAGUCUCAACACCCAUUGCUUUCUACCUUAAUUCACCAUUUGCAAAGAAAGAGGAGGAUUAUUUGGCCCGGGCAUUACACUGGGCUCAAACAGCGAGGGGACAGUGCAGUGUCUCAUCAGUAUCAGUGUGUCCCUGAAAUUUGCCUGGAAAACCAAAAUUCAGCUCAGUUAGUAGAAAUACAUGGAGGUUAGACAGAGGAACAAAUACAGGCUAACAUAAAUAUUUGGGAGAUAAAUAAGCCUGUUUGGAUAUCUCCUUUUUAAUGGCUGGGGUGGGAGGUAGGCAACCAAUUUCCUGUUUACAUUUAUGCCUGGAUGACUUAGGAUAUCUUACCUGAAUUUUUAUGCAUGAAAAUUAUAUAAUUAAAA